ACCGCGAGAACGGGCGGUCGGUAGCAGGAUUAUGAUAUUAACUGCCGCACAUGUCUUUGUUUUUAUAUGUUUCUGUGUGGGCAUCACAGUAUCUCAUGUGUUCAAUUGAACUUGAGAGGUAAAACGAGAAGAGAACUUAGCUCGCGCCGUGGUUGACGGCGAGGGACCAAACAGCAGCUGCUGCACGUGCUCGUUUCCCUGUGAACGGACCGAGGAACAAAAUAAAACCGUCGACUUUUCUACCGUCUCCAGCGUUUCUUCUACCUCUCCGUUGACGACAUUAGCUGGUGACCAGAUGGAGAAGCAGCCUUUGCCAAAUGACGAUGAUAAGACAGGAACAACAGAGUCAGAGAUUGACGGCUACGCUGGUGAGGAGAGCCAGCUGGACUCAUCUGAGCCUGCCGCUCGAGCAGGAUGGAACAGUAAAUUGGAGUAUUUUUUGGCUCAGGUGGGAUUCAGCGUCGGGCUCGGCAACGUCUGGCGUUUUCCAUAUUUGUGUCAUCAAAACGGGGGAGGAGCUUUUCUCUUCCUGUAUGUGCUGCUGAUGCUGGUUGUUGGAAUUCCCCUGUUCUUCCUGGAGCUGGCAGCCGGUCAGGCCAUCCGACAGGGCAGCAUCGGAGUAUGGAAGUAUAUCUCCCCCAGGCUCGCAGGGAUUGGCUACUCCAGCUGUGUGGUGUGUUUCUUUGUGGCUCUCUACUACAAUGUGAUCCUUGCAUGGAGUCUUUUCUAUCUUGGGAACUCGUUCCAGUCCCCUUUACCUUGGGAACAGUGUCCAAAAGAGGGGAAUGUAACAGUAAGAGAGUGUGAAAAGAGCUCCCCCACAUCAUAUUUUUGGUACCGCAAAGCUUUGGAUAUCACAGACUCAAUUGACGACACAGGCUCUUUCAACCCUUACAUUGUCUGCUGUCUGCUGGCGGCCUGGACCAUUGUGUGCCUGGGAAUGUUUAAGGGUAUCAAGACCUCUGUCAAGGUGAUGUAUUUCUCCUCCAUCUUCCCCUAUGUGGUGUUGUUCUGCUUCCUCGUCCGAGGCCUCCUGCUGGAUGGGGCAUUAGAGGGAAUAACCUACAUGUUCUACCCCAAGCUGGAAAUUUGGGCAGACAUACAGGUGUGGCGUCAGGCAGCAACACAGGUCUUCUUUGCCUUGGGCCUUGGCUUUGGGUCCAUUAUCGCCUACUCCUCUUACAACCCCAAGAACAACAACUGCCACCGUGAUGCCUUCACUGUCUCCACUAUAAACUUCCUCACAUCUGUGCUGGCCACUCUAGUGGUGUUUGCUGUGCUCGGCUUCCGCGCCAAACAAAAGGUCACGGAAUGCAUCGUGAGUAAUAUGAAGACCCUAUCAGACCAACUUCGCAUUGGUGAUGUGGACAAAAACCUGAUUCCAGGCUUCGACUAUUCAAAUCCCCAUUCUGUAUCCCCAGAGGACUACAGUGCCUGGUUCAAACAGCAUGGAACAAAUGUCCCUGGCAAUUUAACAGAGUGUGACUUGGAAAAAGAGAUGCAGCAGGGUGUGGAGGGCACAGGCCUCGCUUUUAUUGCCUUCACAGAGGCCAUGUCACUCCUGCCCGGCAGCCCCUUCUGGUCAGCACUAUUCUUCCUCAUGCUGCUCAACUUGGGACUCAGCACCAUGUUUGGCAAUAUGGAGGGCAUCAUCGCCCCACUCACUGACCGCUUCAAAACUCUGGCCAACAACAAGAUCAAACUCACAAUUUUCAGCUGCGUCCUUGGCUUUCUGAUUGGCCUGCUUUUCACCCAGCGUUGUGGGAACUACUUUGUGACGAUGUUCGAUGAUUACUCUGCCACUCUGCCCCUCAUCAUUGUGGUGGUUUUUGAGACCUUCAGUGUGUCUUGGCUAUAUGGAGCUGAUAGAUUCCUUGAUGACAUUGAGGCAAUGCUGGGUUGGCGUCCCAGUGUGAUUUACAAAUACCUGUGGAAAUACAUCUGCCUACUUGCUAUGCUGGGGCUGCUGGGAGCCACCAUCAUCCGUAUGUUCAUCAGCCACCCCACUUAUAUGGCAUGGAACCUUGAGAAGGCUUCUGAGGAGUACCUGGAGUACCCUGGCUGGGCUCUGGCUGUUUUGGCUUUGCUGAUCAUAUUUGCCAUGAUGCCUGUCCCAGUUGCCUUGAUCCAUGCUGUUCUGCAGGACCGAACAAAGCAAACAUCCAGAGAUACAGAGAUUGGUCAGUACAGCAUUGUUAACACUGAUGAGAAGUGUGAAACCCCUAUGACUGACAUGUCAGAGCUGGACCAAAGAAGUGGGACCACUGCCCCCUUUUCCUAAACACUGGACGUGAUGGUACACAGUGGGGAAUGACUGGCAGUAUGCAGUAAAAUUUCACUUUGGUUAUCUCACAGCUGUUAGUGCAGCUGUGGCACAGAACAGUGUGUGGCAAAAUGUUCUUUAUUUUAAUAUUUAAAAACUUUUUAUGUUUUUACUUAAAUUAAGUCCAAACAUACCUAGAUGUAUUUUUUAAAAAUACUACUGUUCCUGCCAGUAAAACAUUUAAAACAUGUGUAAUAUGGAAAAUAUGGAACAAAUAACUUAUUGCUGGGUUGAAAGUACGAGGUUGAAUUUCUAUUGUUACAGAGUUGCAAAAACAAUGGGCCUCCUUCAUCAACUGUUCUUCAGAAGAGAGUUCCUCUUAAAACACGCUUAUGCAGUUUUCACUAAGAUUCUGAUAUUCAUCAGUGUUUUCUUAUAAUAGAUUUUUUUUCUUUAUUAAAACAGAAUCUACAUACACUCAAGAGCACAAUUACACACACACACACACACACACACACACACAUAUAUAUAUAUAUGUAUAUGUAUAUAUAUGUCUGUGAGAUUGUGCCCAGUGUUGACACAUUCUGUGUAUGUGUUUGGGCCAUCUCUCUGGGUUACCACAGCUGAGGUCAGGAGUGGGGCAGUUGAAUAGGACCUGGGUGCAUGCAUGGAGGUACUGCUGCAAUACUGGCUGCAGGUUGCCAGUUGCCUUAGUAGGAGUUCAUCUGUAAAUAAAUGCUGAAAAUCAAACCAUUGUAGGUUUUGUUAUUUUAUAUCCACUACUUAAUGCUACUAAAUAUGACAGCUCAUGCGCUGUUUACUUCCUGCAGCAGUACCUCCACUUCAGAACUACUGAAGUUUUUCUUACGUUUGGAGUCCAGCACUCCAUCGUCUUUAAAUUGUAGUUUUUUUCUUGUCUUUUCUUUCAACUUUUCUUUUCAGUUUUUCUGUGGCACACAGCCCUGCAGUUUCAUGCCCUUAAGGGAUUGGCGAGGCGCUCACCUAUGCUAAUUAGGACUAACUGGCACAUUAGUUUCAGUUUAUGAAGACAAUGGCGCUCAUCAUUAAAAGAACACAUUUAUGGUUUUGAAAUGCGUCACAAAUCAGACUUUUCUUAGGACCUUUCUCAAGAACAAAAUUAAGAAACUAACCUUAACCCUAAACUUUGUGAAUGAGGUCAAAUGUUUCUUAGUUUUCAGUAUAAGCCAUAGACAUCACAUCAGGUUCCUGCUUUUUGUUUUACUUUUGUAUAAAGAGAUCACUUGUUCAUUGUUUGUAAAAUUUCUGCCGUUUUAAUUGUAACGCUUCCGUGAGAUGCACCUCACCAUUUCAAGAAUCCAUACUUGCCAUUUUGACAAUGAAUGUCCCCCAAUUGUCAGUUUUUAAAAACCAGCAACCUUUUGGCUCCUCGCCUUGUCUGAGGACAGUAUUACAGCUUGUCACUGUUCAAAGUCUCCUCUGCAUGUAUUUUAUGUUCCUCAACGUAAUUUUUACAGCACAGUAAGCAAGACAAUUAUGAAAAUUGUUUUAGGCUGGGCCUUAGAUUGUGAGUUAUGAUUUGAGUUACAACAAAGAAAAUUGUCUGAAUUAAAAUGAUGACAUUAUGAGACUGUUACAUCGGGAAACUAAGUACAGCUAAUGGUGCAGUAUUACUGCGAUUCACAACACAGAAGCCAUAUAACUACUGUAUGUUUACAGCUCAAAAACCACCUGAGUCACUUCAGUUUGCUUUUAUACUGUGCAUAUACUGUAUGUUUGCAGGUGUAUUGUGUCGCUACACAAUUCAUACUACAUGUAUGUUUACCUUCUCUGUUCAACCUGAAAUCCAUCUGCUGAUGUACAGUAUCUGAGCGCACGGCUUUGUCUUAUGGUCUGUUUUCUUUUUAUUGGUUAAAAAAGCAAAGUCAGACUCUCAGCGUGUAAGUUUCCAUCAUCCUGUCAUGUUUAGUUCUGUGACGUCAGACUUGGGCAACAAAACCUGUGUAUUAACGGGGGAAAAAAACCAUCCACCAUGCUGUGUUGUGGAGCACACAGGGACAAGGACUGUUGGCAGUUUCAUUUCUGCUGAACUGGUUUGUGAAAUGACAGCAUGUUACAAAUAUUAAGGUGACCUUCUAUUUGUAAUGUAAAUAUGUACAUAGCUCCAGUAAAAAAAACUCAUGUGAUUGAAAUUGGCAUGUCACAUUGUUUAGUGUUUUUUGUUUUAAGCUUGGGUUUAGGAGACAACUAGUUGCAGAUGUGUUUAACCAGCCAGGACAAAGUACCACACAAGUACUCCUUUACUUCAGACUUCAUGUGGAUGUAAAUUAAGGUGUUUAUUUUUUACAUUUUUUUUAGACUUAAUUGCUCAAUUGUGUCUUGUUUUUCGUAGCCACUUUUCUGAAGCUAAAGGAAGUUUUUUUGACUUUCAUUGGAUUACUAGCAAAAUGAACCACCCUUUAGUGCCUUUAAUGAGGCUGAUUGAACAAAUGUUACAAGAAUUUCAACAUAUCAUUUUAAAAAGACCUUUCUUUUGUCUGAUUCAUUUUUCAAUUGUGUAUGUAGUCUGUAAGUUUGUAUAAAAUGAAAUUUUGAGAAAAUGUAAUAUAAUGCCAUUGCAAUGUAAUAUAUUUUUAUUAGAUUUUUUUUCCUUUCAGCACUACAGUAUAAUGAAAUGAUGUUUGAAAUGGAGCUUAAGCUUGCCAUUGAGAUGUUUCUUGGACUUUUAGACGACACGUAUUGACUUGUAAAGUGUUUUUCUAUAUUUACAUGUUAAGAAAGUGAUUUUGAGGAGGAGGUUUGUUUUCUUUCAAAAAGGGCUCUGAUUCUGAAUACAAGAUUUUGAUUUGUUUCUAUGAAUUAGUUGGACCAAGGAAAUACUUGAUUAAAACUUUGUGCUGGUAAUACAAAUGAAUCCUGUUCCUCCAUCCAACCUUUUUGUAUAAAUUCGUUCAAUGAAGGUGUUAUGUCUGUAACCUUUCAAGGUUUGUACGGUGUAGCUGGCAGGUGAUUGU